CGUCGAGGAGGUCCAGCUCUUUCACCUUAUUCCCGUCGUGUGGACCUGAAUCAGUUGCUAAAAUCACGAUCGGACUCGAACUCUUAUUCAGAAGAAGUGACGACGUAUCAGCCGUCACUUUCCGAUAAUGAAGACAACGACCUUCCAAUCACAUAUGGGCUUGUCAUUCACAAGUUGGAGGAUUUUCCAGUCGAGCAGAGUGAAACCAAUGAGCAGCUGGAUCCUGUUGCGGACGAUCUGAGAACGGCCCAAAAGCGGAGACGAGAUUGUGUUCGGGACCAACCACUUCCUCAAGAAGAAAUUGAUGCUUAUAUAGCUAGGAAUAAGUCCAAGGUUUGA